UCAGGCUCCUCCCGAGGCGAGACGGGAGCGGGAGCGCGGCGAGGCGGGAGGGAGGAGGCGAUGCUGGGGGCCGCGCCGCUCCGCCCGGCCUCCUCCGCCCCGCGCAGCCCCGCUCCCUGCGCUGCCGGCAGAGCCUGCCGGGCGGCGGAGCUGCCGCUGGGACCGGCAUGGGGACCUUAGGCAAGAGGAGAGAAAACCAGCAACCUGCCCAAGCAUGCAGCACUGCCCCUGAAUCAGUGCUGGAGCUGCAGCAGACCAGCCACUGUCACAGCCUCUCAAACCAUACUCAGGUCAUGAUGGUGCCCUUGGGGCACCUAGCCAAAGGAGCCACUUUGGAAGACCUUCUUGAAACCUGCAUUCAGUCUUUUGAUUUAGAAGGAAAUGCAUGUCAAAACAACCAGCUGCUAAAAAUAAUUCUGGCCAUGCAUCAGUUUUUCAUCUCCUCUGCAGACAUGCUUCAGAAACUUGUUGAUCUCUAUCUUAAUGCUUUAGAAAAUAACUCUUCCAUGCUGUGUGUGAAGAUCUGCUAUUUUGUGAGGUAUUGGAUUACAGAAUUCUGGAUUAUGUUCAAAAUGGACUCUAAACUAUCCACAGCUAUGGAGGAAUUUCAAGAAGUGGUUCGAGCUAAUGGUGAGGAGUUACAUUGUCGUCUAAUUGACACAUCUCAAAUAAAUUCUAGGGAUUGGUCUAGAAAGCUGACACAGCGUGUAAAGGCCAACACCAGUAAGAAACGGAAAGUCUCACUUCUUUUUGAUCACCUUGAGCCAGAGGAGCUGUCAGACCACCUUACCUACCUUGAGUUUAAGUCUUUCAGAAGAAUAUCAUUCUCAGAUUAUCAGAACUACAUUGUGAAUAGCUGUGUGAAAGAGAACCCAACAAUGGAAAGAUCAAUUUCUCUUUGCAAUGGUAUCUCUCAGUGGGUGCAGCUAAUGGUUCUCAGCAGACCAACACCACAGCUUCGGGCUGAAGUGUUCAUCAAGUUUAUCCAUGUUGCACAGAAGCUCCACCAGCUGCAGAAUUUUAACACAUUAAUGGCAGUGAUAGGAGGUCUCUGUCACAGUUCCAUUUCCAGGCUCAAGGAAACAAGCUCAUGUGUUCCUCAUGAUGUAAUUAAGGUGUUUAAUGAAAUGACAGAAUUGCUUUCAUCUUACAGAAAUUAUGAUAGUUACCGACGUGCCUAUAACGAGUGCAGUAACUUUAAGAUCCCAAUCCUUGGGGUCCACCUGAAAGACUUGAUAUCCCUUUAUGAGGGCAUGCCAGACUACUUGGAGGACAAAAAGAUUAAUGUGUACAAACUAUAUUCUCUGUAUAACCACAUAGAUGAGCUGAUACAACUCCAGGAAAUGCCACUUCCCCUGGAGGCUAAUAUGGACCUUGUUCACUUGCUUACACUGUCCCUUGAUCUUUACUACACAGAAGAUGAAAUUUACGAACUUUCAUAUGCACGAGAGCCACGAAGUCACCGAGCUGCUCCUAUGACACCUUCCAAACCACCAGUAGUUGCAGACUGGGCUUCAGGAGUGGCCCCAAAACCUGAUCCAAAAACCAUCAGCAAACACGUUCAGAGGAUGGUAGAUUCUGUCUUCAAGAAUUAUGACCAUGAUCAGGAUGGAUACAUUUCCCAGGAAGAAUUUGAAAAGAUUGCUGCCAGUUUCCCAUUCUCAUUUUGUGUAAUGGCUAAGGACUGGGAAGGUCUGAUUAGCAGGGAUGAAAUAACAGCUUACUUUAUGAGGGCUAGCUCAAUCUAUUCCAAAUUAGGACUUGGCUUUGCUCACAACUUCCAAGAGACCACUUACUUAAGGCCCACUUUCUGCGACAACUGUGCUGGAUUUCUAUGGGGAGUCAUUAAACAAGGAUACAGAUGCAAAGACUGUGGGAUGAACUGUCACAAGCAAUGCAAAGACCUGGUUGUGAUAGAGUGCAAGAGAAGACCCAAAACUUCAGUUGCAGACAGCAGCCCAACAUCUGCUCUUGCUUCAAGCCUCUGCCCAGUAGGAGUUAAAGAACAAUUCCAUGGACAAGAAGAAGGAUCAUUCACCUUUCCUAAUGGAGAAAUAGUGGAGCACAGUGAAGACAGCAAGGAUCGAACCAUUAUGCUCAUGGGUUCCUCAGCUCAGAAAAUCUCAGUGAGACUGAAACCAGCUGUGAUUCAUAAAAGUACACAGACUGAUCCUGUACUGCUGGCUGGGGAUGUGUCUCGUAAGCGGAGAGAGAAGAAAGAACACAGGAUGCCAGAGAAUCCAUAUCUCCAGGCAGCUCCAGCAUCCUCCAUGUUUCCAAGCCCAAUUCUCGGCCGCCGAAAGGCAUUUGUUAAAUGGGAGAACAAGGACUCCAGCCAGAAAAUGAAGGAGGAGCAUCACAGCUGUAAACCUUCAUACCAGGAACUUGAGCAGGAAAGGAAUAUUCUAAAGGCAGACAAUGAAGGUUUAAAGAUCCAGCUGGAACAGGCACACAAAACAAUUGAGUCUCUCACAAUCCAGAAAAGAAACCAUGUAGCUGACAGUCUACAACACAGAGACUGCUCCUAGCAGAUGAGAGGAAAAUCUCCUAUGGAAUGGAAGAAAGUAAGACUGAAAGAGGGGCUCUGAUAAAGCUGCUUACCAAGUGAACUGGAGAGAGAAUCUGAAGGAUAUUAAGCAGAAAUGUUCUCUUUACCACAUUUCCCUUUUAAACAUGCACUCCCAAAUGUAUAAAAUAAUUUUGACCUUGUAAGGUAAUUUAGCAUUAUCUGUGCAAUGAAAAUAGUAUCUUCUGGGUUUGCUUUUAAAAGGAGUGAGAGUGUUGCUGAAGUCUCUGUUCAUGUUGAAGACCAUAUUGAUUUCCCAGUGACUUACUUGGCUGCCAGCAGCACACCUUACUGUAAAAAUGUUCUGACAAAGUAGAUAUUCAUAAGAGUGGGUCACCUCAAAUUUGGCCCAAACUCAGUUUUAUAGAAACAAAUGUGUGAUAAAGCUGAGUAAGUAAAACUACAGAAAAACUGCAUUAAGAAAAACAGUUCCUUCUUGGAGCUGAAACCAAUUAAAAACAUGAAGUGAACGGUCACAUUUAAUUCCAAAAAUUAACAAGAAAAUUAAAGUAGCUAAGCUAAUGAUAUUUGAUUGAUCCACACACUUUAAGAUAAACUGACAAUUUUUUAAAACAUCUUUCAGAGCUUUAGAAGUUCUGCUGCUCAAACACUUACCUUUAUUAAAGUAACAGAAGUGAGACUGUAGAGACUUUGAAUACUGCUUCCAUGCCAUGACUUGGAAGAUUUAAUUCCCCUUAUUUGGCUUAAGGAGUAACUUGUCCACAUGCACUAGAUAUGGGACAAGGUUGAUUAUAUUUCUCUCACAUCAAAGUAGAUGCCAUUGUUGAGCAGAAUCUUUUGAGCCAUAUUAUGAGGGAAACUGUACA